GACCAUAGGAAAACGUAACAGACAUAUCGGUUACAACCGGUGCAUCCCUGUUCACAUUACUUAUUUUUAAUCAUUUUUGAUUGAUUACACACUUUGGAUAUUUCAACAUUUUGAAUUUAGUUGAAAACUAAUUGUUGUCGUAAUAUACCCACUGAAUAAUACAUGUGACGUCAAAAGAACAGUAAGAACAAAGAAUUAGAAUAAACGCAUUAGGUCAAAACAGCCAGAAAGUUCAGAUUUUCAUAAAUCUCGAUUUUUAGCAAGUUUUGGAAUCUUUAUUGGAAAGUUAACAUUGGUCAGGGUGGAUCUAGUCGUAAUUAUCUAUAUCUCAUAAGGUGGCCUCAAGUCACCAGGUAUCAGUCCUAAGUCUCCAAGGAAAGCUGAUGCUACACCUGAACCACUGGAAAUUAACAUCUUGCUUGGAUAUUCUGAAGAGGUCAUUUUCCCAUUUCAAAAUAUCGCUUUAUUAUCAUUUUAGUUUCAGAAAUACCAGACUGGUUUUCCAAAGAUCAUCUACAAACUCGACUCUAGAAAACAAUUUUGAAAGUUACUUACCUUACGAAAAGUCGUCCCGAAUCUCCUCAGCGAAAACGUUACAGGCUUCGUAUUUGUCCUGUUCUUUCAGCAGUCUUAGUGUGAUAAAAUUUAUUAGAAAGUCUUUGCCUCUUACGAGAGUGCAAUCAGCCAGUUAGACAAAUAUGUUUACUUUAUUCAGUCAACCAAGAGAUGUAAAGCACACUGAAUAGAGUGAUAUAACUUACAUCUCAUCAGCCGUUAAUUAUUUUUAAACCUAAACUAGCCCACAUUUUGGAGAAUUUUUUCUCUAAGAACCCGUUAUCUUUGGAAGACUUUUAUUAUUGAUUUUGAUCAAACUAGUCCUUCCAGUUUGCUUUGCAAAUCAACAGUUAAAUGAAAGGAAACAUGUAAUACUUUAUACAAAAGAGCUUUUUACGCUACAAGAUACUUUAUGUCCUUUUUUAUAGGCUCUUCUCAAAGACAAAAUUCAGCAGAUUUUCGCAACUUCCAUCCCUUUGCCAUGAAGCUUACUACCAUUCGUUGAUUAAGACAAUGAUCUCAGUUGUUCUUCGAGAUUCUUCAGGACGAAAAAAGCUAGAAAGUCCCAGUUUUCGGCAUUACCUAGCGUACCUGUUCAUAAGCAAAAUACAUUUAAAAAUAUUUUUCAAGAUAGGGCUUUGUGAAAAUCUUUGGAAAAUCUAUUUGGCUCUUCAAAAGCUAAAUUGAAAAUAUAUUGUCUUAUUUCAUGGAUAGAUAUUGUAAAGCCUUUCCGUUAAAAUGGUAAUCGGCAUCAGAUCUUCUGGGAUUAUUUUUUUUUAUUAUAAUUCCUCAUUUUUAGAUUAAAACGCGAAAUUGAUGAUUCUUUAACCAAACGCCGAAGCUUCUUUAUAAGAUUUUCUGUUGAUAAAAGUCACGGUUUUAGGAAAUAAAUAGGUUUUUUGUCUAUUUCUUUGUCUACAUACUAACGUACAUAGAAAGAGUUUCUUGAAAAAAACUAACGAAAAUAAAAACCAAUAACAAAAGCCUUCAAGCCAUCAACAUUUUAGACGCUAUGAAUAUUCUGGUAUAAUUUUGCUAUGAAAAAACGUCUGACAUAAUGUGUCAUAAAACUACAUCGCUGAUACACUGGAACUCUGACAACCCUCAUUUAAAUACCAUACUAUCUGCAAAAAUCACGACAUGACUCUUGAAAAUGCAAUGAUCGCGAAAGCACCAAAAACUGCUACAGUAUGGACUCUUGUGGCGACUAUAGAGAGUCAUGCCCCAACAUCCACGACUUACCAAGACUCAUCUCCGUGACAGUAAGAAUCGCAGUCACUAUAUGACACAACUAAUUGUAAACUGUGUACUAAUCAUGUAUGAAUUAAGCCGAUAGAGCAAAUAAUAAAAGCGAAGGUCUAAAACUUACGCACGAACAAAUGAAAUUCGUCAAGCUGCAAGAGAAGGUCAGAAGCGGCAAGCCGACGAAUUUUUACAACGUACAGCUAAAAAACAAAAAUUAGCAAUUUUUAAUGUUGGUGAUAAUGUUUUGAUAUCGGUACCAGACGUUGAUCGUGGUCGAACAGAUGCACGCAAUAUAUUAGCUAUUAUAAUGGAAAUUAAGUUUGGGACAACGACGCAACGUCUGUCCAGUUCUGCUGUGAUCCGUAAUUUUUCUGCUGCUAGCUUUACUUUGGAAAAUAGCGCGUUUGCUCGCACGCAGUGGAGAUACAUGGUUCUGAGACCCAUGAGUGGAGACACAUUCGGGCACGUGCGACAGCCUGGAGCACGAUAUUUGGACGCUGGCAUUUUUUUAUUGAAAUAUACAAAGUGA